AUGUUGUCGCUGUACCGCGCGUGGCUGGGGCCGAGCCCGUGCGUGGCGCGCCCGUGCCCGCCGCCCGGCGCGCACCGCCCCGUCCCGCGCCGGGCACGGGCCCCCACACCCGCACCCUCCCCCUCAACACCGCCACCGCCAUCCUCACCAACAUCCACUACCUCCAGCGAGCUGGACGUGGAACGCAUCGAGCCUCCAGAACCCACGUCACACGCCACAACAGUACUGGACGUGGCAUCGUGCGACGGACCUGUCCGCUUCAGGCGAGUUCUCAACACGGCGUGGCGCGAAGCCGAUGGACACGAGUGGCCGUGCAGAACGCGUAAAGUUCGCCCCACGCUACACUACUACCCCUGCAAGACCUGCGGCUCCAAGUUCCCCUCCUACUACUUCGUGCACAAGCACCGGAAGCGGUGCCACGGCGAGGAGGUCGCCGCCGAGAAGCUGACGCCCGAACCCGACCGACCCUCCACUUCCAGCGCAGAGCUGUGCCCGCCAUGA